AAUAUUUUGAGAAUAAAUAAUAAUAAUAACAGAAAAAAUUUGAGGUAAACAAUAAAACUUUUUACUGUUUUACUUUCUUAAACCACAAAUUAAUUUUUCCGAAAUAACAUCACUAUUUUUUUUAUUAUUAUUAGUAAGUAAUGAAAUCCAUAAGAUUAGCAAUAAAAGAAAGAAAAAAAAGAGACAAAGGUUGCCGAGUUGCAGACAAGUGAACAGCGUGUCUAGUAGUUUGAUUCAUCAUCAUCAUCGUAUUCGUAUUCAUAAUCGUAAGUAAAGUGUGUCUAUUCCCCAAUACACGUCCACUUAAACACCUGUACUGUUCUGUUCUGUUCUGCCUUUUGUUCUUUUUCGUUACAUUCGAAAAUCCCAAACAUUUUUCAAGUCCCAUUUAUUAAAUUAAUAAAUUUGCCUUUACAACAUUACAUCUCAUCAGUCAUCUUAAUAUUAAUAAACCCCACCACGGAGGUAGAUAGAUAGAGACCCAUAAUACACCCGUUAAUACAGAAAGUGAGAAACUGUUGAAAGGCAUGGACGUUUUUGAGUUAUUUCAACCCAAAACCAAAAGUCUUGUUCUUUCCUUCCACCUUUCUCCGAUCCAUUAAUUAAACAACAGCCUUUUGUCCAUUUGUAGCUCUGGGGGUUUGUAAAUAUUGGUAAAGUUAUUUCCUUUUUGAGACUAAUAGUAAGGUUGUUGAGGUUUGGCUGGAGAUGAAGGAGCCCGAGGAAGAAGAACAGCCUGCGUUCGAGAUUGGGGUAGUGGUUCCGAAGAGGAAUAAUGUGAAGGCAGAGGAUUUGAAUUUUGAUUCUGUGGAGGUUCUUGUACGUGAAUUUAGGAAACUGGGUCUUAUAGUUGAGAGAGUCAUUGGGGUUGCUGAUGAGUUUCUCAAGUUAGCUGCGCCUUUGGAGACUUUGGGGAGAGCGGCAGUCAGUUUGCAAAUAAAGAAACGAACCCAUAUUGGAGUGGAUUUGCAAUUUGAAUGGGAAGAGUUUGAAGCUUUUGUGAGACAACCUGAUGGUUCAUUGUUCAGUUGGAGUGAGCGGUUUCACUGCUAUCAGCACUUAAUUUAUAGAAUUGAGAAUAAGAGCCAGUCAGCUAUAAUACUAAAACAUGAUGGUAAGGAAUUACAGUGGGAAAUCGGGGAAUGUUUGCUGCAGAAGUUGAAGUCGGAGAGCAUUGUUAAAGAUGUCUUUCCAUUGCAUGAUGAAAUAAAGAGAAAGAAACUCAUUCACAGUUGGGCCUUACAUUGGCGGGACUUCACAAGGCAGCCGAUAGAUGAGAUUUACUCGUAUUAUGGGACGAAGAUUGCAGUCUAUUUUGCUUUCCUUGGAAUGUAUACAAGAUGGUUGCUGUUUCCAGCUUUCUUUGGUCUUACGUUGCAGAUCAUUGAUUUCGGGUCAUUGCAGUUACUGGUGCUUCCCAUUUUCUUCAUAAGCAUUAUACUAUGGGCAAUCAUGUUUUCCCAGUUCUGGAAACGUAAAAAUGCUGCCCUAUUGGCCAGAUGGCAAAUUAGUUAUCCGAUUGGAGCUGAUGAUGGAUGUAAAAUUUUGGGCAUGGAGUGGGGUUCCUUACAGUCACCUAUAGAAAUUAUAAGAAAAUGGGGAACUGACAACACAAAAGAGAAAGAAGUUUUCCAAAGGAAUGAGUGGUUUGGACGAAUAAAGAGAUUCAGAAAUGAUGCUUUCGUAAUCUUAAGUAUUAUAUGCCUCCAAUUGCCAUUUGAAUUGGCCUAUGCUCAUACUUACGAGGUUAUGGAGUCUGAUCUUUUGAAAUUUGGGCUUACAACUAUUUAUCUUUUUGCCAUUCAAUAUGUUACACAAAUCGGCGGUAAGAUCUCUGUCAAGCUCAUUAUGCAUGAAAACAAUGAAAACACAGAAAAAAGAGCUGACAGCUUAGUGUACAAGGUUUUUGGUCUGUAUUUUAUGCAGUCAUAUAUUGGUAUUUUCUAUCACGCGCUACUGCACCGCAGUUUCUUAACUCUCCGCCAAGUCUUGAUACAGCGCCUCCUUGUGUCUGAGGUGUUGGAAAACCUGUUGGAGAAUUCUUUACCUUAUCUUAAAUAUAGUUAUAAGAAAUAUAGAAUCAGACGCAAGAAAAAACAAGAGAAGGGAUCACCAUGUGGGAAGAUUCUAUUUUCUUCCAGAGUAGAGAAAGAGUAUUUGAAACCUUCUUAUUCUGCAAGCAUAGGCGACGAGCUUGAAGAUGGACUCUUUGAUGACUUUUUGGAGUUGGCAUUGCAGUUUGGACUGAUCAUGAUGUUUGCUUGUGCAUUUCCACUGACAUUUGCCUUUGCUUUUCUGAACAACAUCACUGAAAUCAGAACAGAUGCAGUAAAACUGCUUACCAUGUUUAGGAGGCCUGUUCCUCGUGCUGCCGUAACUGUUGGAGCUUGGCUGAACAUUUUCCAGUUUCUGGUUGUGAUGUCAAUAUGCACCAAUUGCGCACUUUUAGCAUGGUUAUACGAUCAGGAAGGAAAAUGGAAAAUAGAACCCGGACUUGCUGCUAUCCUUAUCAUGGAACAUGUUCUCCUCCUGAUAAAGUUUGGAUUUUCUCGUUUUGUUCCUGAGGAACCGGCGUGGGUGAAAGCUAACCGAAUGAAGAAUGCUACGCAGGCUCAGAACAUGUGUUCUAAGCAGCUUUUGCGGACCAUGUCUGGAGGAGAGAGGGCAUUUGCUCAAGGAAAAAAUUCGAAUCGGGGGAGUAAAAAUGUACCCUCAUCUGAACCCAUUCAAGAAGAUCUUUAAACUAACAAUAGUAUGGAAGAAUCAGAUAUUUCAGUUGUCAUGAAGGUGUAGUUUUUAUCUAGAAGAACGCCUUUAAUUUAAAGAGAUCUUUAUAUGUAUACAUAGUCUUGGUUUUGUUCAUAGCUAAAUUAUCUACUAUGAUAAUAUCAUAUAUAGGAUAGAUCAUUUAAGGGAUUUGCCCAAGUUUCUUACCACUAACCCAAUGAAAAAGGGAGCUCAUUCAGAAUCAGAAGGUGCUCUAAAACAGCUUAUCCGAACCAUUUUUAGAGGAGACACAGGCAUUUGGAUAAGUUAAAGAUUAAUGGUUGAUUCACAUCAUCAUGUCAUAUGAACAAAUUAUUAUAUGGUUGAAUUGCUUUUGCCUAUGUAAGUUUUGACAUUUCUUGAGACCUGUUGUAUCAAUCAAUACAAUUUUUUUUGUA